CUGAGUGGCGGUUCGCGGGGUGGCCCCCACUCCGGCUCCUCCCCGUUUCCCGCACCUCGCCCCUCCCCACGCACCGUCCCGCAGCCCCGCAGCCCAGCGGCAGCGCGGCUGACUCGGGAUCCCUGGGUUCAAGCUUCUGCAGAGCUGGGUGGGGAGUUUGGACUUUGCAGUGAAAGCAGCAUCCCUGCCGGCUGGGACCUGGCGGAGGGCGUCCCCACUCCAGGGGGAGCAGAGGACUCGCCCUGACCUAGCCUGGCCUAGCCUAUUCCUGCCAGGCCUGAGCGCCCCGCCCAGAAGCCGGCUCUGAGGCCGGGGCCACCGGGGUCCCAGAGCGUGGCGCCAUGGACAAGAUCCUGGAGGCGGUGGUGACGUCCUCGUACCCCGCGAGCGUGAAGCAGGGGCUGGUGCGGCGCGUGCUGGAGGCAGCGCGGCAGCCGCUGGAGCGGGAGCAGUGCCUGGCGCUGCUGGCGCUGGGCGCGCGCCUCUACGUGAGCGGAGCUGACGAGCUGCCCCGCCGCGUGGGCUGCCAGCUGCUGCACGUGGCCGGCCGCCACCACCCCGACGUCUUCGCGGAGUUUUUCAGCGCGCGCCGCGUGCUUCGCCUGCUGCAGGGGGGCGCUGGCCCGCCGGGCGUCCGCGCGCUCGCCUGCGUGCAGCUCGGCCUGCAGCUGUUGCCCGAGGGGCCGGCAGCCGACGAGGUGUUCGCGCUGCUGCGGAGGGAGGUGCUGCGCACCGUGUGCGAGCGCCCGGGGCCCGCCGUCUGCGCUCAGGUGGCGCGGCUGCUGGCGCGACACCCGCGCUGCGUCCCCGACGGCCCGCACCGCCUGCUCUUCUGCCAGCAGCUGGUGCGCUGCCUCGGCCGCUUCCGCUGCCCGGCCGAGGGCGAGGAGGGCGCCGUGGAGUUCCUGGAGCAGGCCCAGCAGGUGAGCGGGCUCCUGGCGCAGUUGUGGCGCGCCCAGCCCGCUGCCAUCUUGCCUUGUCUGAAGGAGCUGUUCGCUGUCAUCUCCUGCACAGAGGAAGAGCCGCCAUCUAGUGCCCUGGCCAGCGUGGUUCAGCACCUACCGUUGGAGCUUAUGGACGGCGUCGUCCGAAACCUCAGCAAUGAUGACAGUGUGACAGACUCUCAGAUGCUGACUGCCAUCAGCAGGAUGAUCGACUGGGUGUCGUGGCCCCUGGGGAAGAACAUUGACAAGUGGAUCAUUGCACUGUUGAAGGGCCUGGCUGCUGUUAAGAAGUUCAGCAUCUUGAUCGAGGUUUCACUCGCCAAAAUUGAGAAGGUUUUCUCCAAGCUUCUGUACCCCAUUGUCCGGGGAGCUGCCUUGUCUGUCCUCAAGUACAUGCUCCUGACCUUCCAGCACUCCCAUGAGGCCUUCCACCUGCUCCUCCCUCACAUCCCGCCCAUGGUGGCCUCUCUGGUCAAGGAGGACUCCAACUCGGGGACCAGCUGCCUGGAGCAGCUAGCAGAGCUGGUCCACUGCAUGGUCUUCCGGUUCCCAGGCUUCCCAGAUCUGUACGAGCCUGUCAUGGAGGCCAUUAAGGACCUCCAUGUUCCCAGUGAGGACCGCAUCAAGCAGCUGCUGGGGCAGGAUGCCUGGACCUCGCAGAAGAGUGAGCUGGCUGGUUUCUAUCCCCGGCUCAUGGCCAAGUCAGACACGGGCAAGAUUGGUUUAAUCAAUCUGGGCAACACAUGCUACGUGAACAGCAUCCUUCAGGCCUUAUUCAUGGCUUCUGAGUAG